AAAAGAAAAGGAGGUUGGCCCAAAGGAAAAAACGAAAAAAGGAAACGGAAGAAACAUUAGUGAAGACACCAUUAGCUCCAUCUACUGGCUAUGUAAUUUUCUUAAGUGAAAGACGUCAACAGAUGAAAGAAACUCACCCAAACAUUUCAUUUGGAGAAGUAACUAAAAUUCUUGGUAAUGAAUGGUCCAGUCUGUCAUCAAAAGAAAAACAGAAUUUUCUUGAUCGUGCUGAAGAAGACAAGAAAAGAUAUUGUGCAGAACUUAAAGAAUACCAGCAAUCAGAAGCUUACCAAACUUAUUUGAAGCAAAAGAAGCUCAAAAACGUUUUCUACUGUAAUGGAAAUAGAAAUAAAAGUUCAUUUGAGCAGGAGAACAGCUCAUCAUUUAUCAUUCAAGAUAUAGAGGAAGAAGAUACCAAUGAGCUGUAUUGUAAAGUAUGUGAUCAGUUUUUUGUGUCACUGCACAACAAAAAAGAACAUCUUUAUGGGAGACAACAUCUCCAAGCUAUUACAGGAGAGAUACACCGAGAGCUAGCACCUAGAUUACAGGGAGUUGAGGAUGGUGACUCUCAGUCAGUUGGAGGAGGAUUUAGUGAUGACUCUUACAGUGGAUGUUCAUCAUUAGGCAAGACAGCAUAUAUCACACUACAAAAGAAUGGGGUCAGCAAUGUAAACCAAGCUGUUAUAGAUUUCAUGAAUGUUACCCAUACUAGAGAAAGAGAAAUAGCGGUUUUGAGUCAACAUCUGGAGAAUGUAAAGCAUACCAAUUUGGAAUUUCAGCAAAAGCUAGAAGAAUUGAAGAGAGUGACAGAGGUGGCUCACAAAAAUUUACAAGAUCUGAAAACUGAGGGAAAUUUCCUAUCAACCCAACUGGAUCAACUUCGAAUGGUGCCUGCACUCUUUGGAGUCAUUAACUUCUAGUUGGUUUUAUGUUGAAAGGAAGUAAUAUUUAAAUAGUGUAAAUAGUUAUUUUUUUCUGAAUACUGUGUAACUAAAUACAUGUAUCAGAUAUCAGGUUCUAGUUUGUUUUUUUUUACUAUUGUAAAAAAAAAAAGUUGACAUAUGUAAUGCAGUCACAGGAAAAUAUAGUUCUGUUGUAUUGGCUAAGUUUUUUUUUUUUACAUGAAGACUAUUGUUGCAUUUACAAUCAUGAAAUAGCCACAGCCUUAAAUUACAGACAGAUGUACAAUAUUAUACAGUCAUUGUGAGUCUGUAUUAAGCUUUGUACAAUUGAUAUGUAUUAGUAGAUCUUAAGCCUUGCAAAAGAACACUUAUAUCUUUAUUAUAAUGUAAUGUAUAAUAAUUUUUAAAUGUGUUAUUUAUGUUUUCUCAUAUGAGCAUCAUCAAAAUUAAGACAGAACUUCGCAAGCAUUAUACCUAAUGUAUAGUACUUUAAUAGGACAUGACUAGGGUAGCAUUUUUUACAAUAAAUAUACUGACGUGUCCUUAAUUAUGAAUGGUGCUCUGCAUGCUGAGUUAUAAAAGUAAAAACUCGUCAACCACUGUUAGAUCUUUUGAUGGUGCUGUGGGACUUAAUUUUGAUAACUGAUAAAGUUAUUAAAUUUAUAAUUGUUUUAUAAAAUGUAAAGAGUCCAGAUAAAUAAGUGACAUGAUGCAAGUAAUAGUUAAAUAAUGAAAGUAUACAUUAUAAAAUAAGUUAUGGUUUGAACAUAACUUUGGCUUUAGGGUGGCAAGCCAAUAUAUUCAUAGGAGAUAUUAAAUUAGCACACGAUGUGUGCAUACACUUUGUAACAUCAAUCAGAUCUGUUGUGAUGAGAUAUUAGAUAGAUUAACACAAGACAUGUGUAUGCUCUGUGACAUUGAUGAGAUCUGGUGUGGUGAGAUAUGAUGUAGUUUAGCACAAGAUUUGUGUAUAUUCUCUGAAACAUUGAUCAGAUCUGGUAUGGCAUGUGGGGUUUAAUGUCCUUGCACUUCAUUGUCAUGACAACUGUCAGCAUUGUGUAUGGCAUAUAAGCUGUAUGCUGAACUGAAAUUUAAGCCUAGAAAAGGAGUUUCACUCCAAAAAAAGGGCAAUACGUAUUUUUUGCAGAUUUAUAUAAUCAAUAUCUUCACAGAUCUUUUGUUAAAAGUUCUCUACAAAAUAUUCUGCAGUUUUUUUUGUCACAGCAAAUCCAAAGUUAUCAGGCUGGUGACUAAUUUUGACAUCAAACUGAUGAAAGGCUCUUGUUUAUAAUUCAAUCAAAAUGUGUCCUGUGAAAUCCUAAUUGGUUAAAAGUAUUGAAUGUACAUAGAAUUAUAUUAAGUUGAAGACUAAAUUAAUUUGUGAAACUUGAAACUCGUGAAAAUAAAAUUUCAAAUUAUAGCGA